UGCAAUUGCGGGUGGAGGAGACAAAUCCAGUGGAUGUGAACGUCUGGUAGAGCCAAGGCCCCAUUUAGUCCCCGCUUGACUGAAGAUACCGGGCCCCAGAUAGCCAGCAAUCCGGCACCGGUGGCCGUUUCCGCCGUUUUAUCUCGAUAAAGAAUUUUUUUCCUCCCGGGAUCGUUUCUUUUUCUUUCCGUGGCUUUUUGGAGAUGCCUUUUUUUCUCUUCCUUGCAGUUUUUUUCUUCCUCUUCUCUUUACAGACACCUUGCUUUUAUGGCUUUCUUCUGUUUACAACGGAGAGACACAAUACAACACAAGCUAUGACCACCAUCUACCCAAUCUCGGAACAGAAGCGCAAGUUCUUGCACGAAUUGCCAAAAUGUGAGCACCACGUCCACUUGGAAGGGACAUUGUCUCCCGACCUUCUAUUCACGCUUGCGAAGAGAAACAACAUCGAAUUGCCAGCACACUUCCCAUCGUCGAUUGAGCUCUGCAACGAUAGGUACGAGAAGUUCACCGACCUACAGGACUUCCUCGACCACUACUACAUCGGGAUGUCGGUGCUAAUGACAGAAUCCGACUUCGAGGACCUUGCCUGGGACUACUUUGUCAAGGCCAAGCACGACGGUCUGCACCAUGCAGAGACAUUUUUCGAUCCACAGGGCCACGUGGAGAGGGGCAUCCCGAUCGAAACCGUGGUCAAUGGCUUCCACAGGGCCAGCCAGAGAGCGCAAGCGGAGCUGGGCAUCUCGACAAAGCUGAUCAUGUGCCUGUUGAGGCACUUGCCAAGUCAGGACGGCCUCAAGACAAUCAACGAUGCUAAGCAGUUUUACCAGGACGGGAUCAUCCACGGGCUAGGCCUCGACUCGAGCGAAAAGCCAUUCCCUCCGGAGCUGUUUGAAGAGUGCUACGCCCUUGCCAAGAAGAACUGUCCCGAGAUCGGCCUCACGGCGCACGCCGGCGAAGAGGCCGACCCCUCCUUCAUCAGCAACUCGCUUGACUUGUUGAAGGUGACCAGAAUCGACCACGGCGUCCAGAGUUACAGAGACGACGAGUUGCUCAAGAGACUCGCCAAGGACAAGGUCAUGCUCAGCUUGUGCCCCUUGAGUAACGUCAAGCUCCAGGUCGUCAGCGACGUCGGCGAGCUCCCACUCCGCAAGUGGCUCGACUACGGCGUCCCCUUCAGCAUCAACUCAGACGACCCGGCCUACUUUGGCGGGUACCUCUUGGACAACUACCUUGCCGUCGAGAGCCGCUUCAACCUGAAGCCAGAGGAGUGGGUGCAGAUCACCAAGAACAGUGUCGACGGCAGCUGGAUCGACGCCGCCAGAAAGAAACAGCUCCACGACGAGAUCGACCGCGUGCAUGCCAAGUACAGAGACGUGCUUGUCUAGACCUUUGUGUAGAGAGGAACAGUAUAGAUAGAAACAGUAGAGUAAUGGAAAAAAUGACAGAAAUGAG